GAUAAUUUAAAGUACAAAAUGGGGAAAUGAGAAAUUUAAAAUUUAUGAAAAAGAGUGGUUAUAUUUAUCAGGCAUGAGUUAUUCUCAAGAAGAAAUAGAAAAAAAACGUUUAUUAGCCUUACAACGUAAAAAACAAGCUCAAUUAAAAAAUGCCUCAAUCAAUUCUCCAAGUACAAAAAGUAACAUGCCUUCUUUUAAUAAUAAUACUGUAGCCAACAAAAAUAAGUUAGACAAUGGCACUGGGUCUUCUGGGCAUGGUUCAUCAAAAUAUGUUGACUUGAAAGCAAAAUUUGGAAAUAAUUCUAUUAAAAAUCAUGCAAAAUUUGAUAGAAAAAAAGAACGUAUUAAUCCUAUUUCAACAUCAAAUUUUUUUGCUCAGAAAUCUCGUAUUACAGGAAACUGUUAUAUGAUAACUGAUGAUAGAUUUGUAUUAGAAACCUCAUCAUAUUUCCCUCCACUUGUUUUAUUCCUACAAAAGUACUUUUGCACUUUCUUUCCAUACUAA